CGUAGAGCUUUGUAAUGUCGCUGUUAGGAGCGUGUUCGUGUAGGGGAUAUGCUGGCGGUCGGUUAGAAGUGUGUACAAAUGAAUUGGCUGAGUGUUACUGUGGCUCGAGAGAGGAAAUUACGUUGUAGAUGUGAGUGAGUGAUCGUCUCAAUGUUAUGGUGGUGUUUCUCAUAUGUGUGUAGAGGUGUGCAGUGAUGGAAGAGAUGGCGUAUUCGGAGUGGUCGGAGAGGAUGGAUAUUGCAGGGACAAAUCAUUGGCUUCCCGCUUACGGAUUCCAGCAACCCACUCAGCUCCAACAAGCUCUGCUACAGCAUCAGGACAGUAACGAUGGCGGGACAGUGUUAAUCGGUGGCCCGCAGCAGCAGUUCCUCUUCCUCGAGACGAUUGUAGAGGAGACAUCAGACGACCUUCGAAGCGAAUCAGAUCGAUCAGGGCCCGCGGGUUGGGCCGAUAGCGACUCCGACACUGAGAGUGUUAUUCAUGUACCGAACAACCUGGAUUCUCGAGAUCCGCCUGAUUGGAGCGGCUCGGAGCGAGACUUCGCCGUGCCAAAGAAACGCCGCCGCCGGACAACAGAUCAGCAAGACAUGGACGACGAUCAGGACAUAUCCGGGGACCUCGACGUCGAAUCUGCGUCUCUCUCCUCCCGUUCAUCGAGUCUACUGCAGUUCGAGUGCCUAGAGAAACACUGCGAGGAUGUUUUCCGCACAUCCGCAACAUCCGAUCCUUUUCACGACAGUUCUCAAUUUCCCCCGCCCUCCCCCUCCGUGAUGUCAAAUUUCAGUUUCGAUUCCCUGGAAUCGAAUCGGUGGAGAUUCUCCACGUCCCCCGAUUCCCUGGAUGAGGACAAUUCGGACAGUGAGUCGGAUGCUGUGAGUAGUGAUGAAUGUGCCUCUUCCGACGACACGCUCCAGCAUUCGUCGUGGUCCUCACGUAGCAGCUUCCGGUCGUCUAACAGCCGCCUCAAGUCCUUCAGAAGUUUUGACAGCCUGAACCUGCUGCAGCCGCAACAGCACCACCAUUCGCUGGCCGAACUCUCUCAGUCUCUCACCAAUAAUUCUCUUCAUCUCCACGGCCAUCCUGCGGGGCAGCAGGAUAUCCUGAGCGUAACAACAGAUGAUCUGUCAACGUCGGUAGUAACAGUUGCAGCACAUUCUCCGCUGGAAACAAAAGAUGGCGCUACACCGGAAGUGGCGUCUGUUGUGAGUAAUGAAGCGAGUAGUAUUAGUGGCGGCGGUACAGAGCCCUCGGUUCAGGCAAAACCACAGAGAUCCGCUGAGAAUCUCAGCGAGGACAGUGGCUUCGGUGAUCAUUGUGUUCCUGCAGGUGUGACGUCAUCAAGUGUGUGCGCGCGUGGUGGUGGUACUGUAGGAACGAUUAUUGAAGACGAAGAUUUGUGUUCUUCUUAUUAUUCCGACAGCAGCGCCGGAAGCGGUAGUGGCGGUGGUGGUGUUGCAAGUAGCGAAACAUCAGAGCAGGAGAAACAUGGCGGAAGGGAAACGACGACAUCUACGAAGAGGAAGAUGCUAAAAUUAAAUGGUGAGUUUGAACUUAGAGAGAGGAGAGGGUGGGAUGUUGACGGAGCUAAAUUUAACAGCAGCUGUUGGCAAAGUGCUCCCAGUCUUUUGCUAGGAGAGGAGAAAAGGAAAAGAGUCAUGUUGCCAGUGUACAGGAGAGCCCCGCACAGUCAACAUCUACAUAGUGUUCCCGACGAUCUCUCGGACUGCCAGAGCGAAGAAGAAGAAGAAGAAGAAGAAGUGAAUGCCACACAGUCAACUGACGAACAGCUGAACACACACAACAUGGUUACGAAGUUUCCAGCCGCCAGCAGCCCAAAUCUCAUGUACGGCAGUCAGGAAGAGUGUAUGAAACAUUCAUCCACGAUUCGGGUACCACUGAAGUAUUCCUCUGCCGGUAGCAAUAACGAGUUGGAUGAAAAUGUGACCCCUGUCGCAGUCCCUAGUAAAGGGGUGCACUUCUGCCCAGUGGUGUCAGAGGUCAGCUGGAGGGACAGUUACAGCGAUGAGGAACCACAGGAAGACAACAAGGGUUCCAACGAGAUGGACAGAGCCCUAUGUGCGUUGGAGAAAGGUGAAGAUGUGACGGUUCCCCUGAAACAGACGUUGCUGUUGCAGAAGAUACAGAUAGGCCUGCCGAUAGGCCCUGGUUCUAGCGAGAGGGAGCGCCUCGUAAUGGAGCUAAAGCAACAGGACGCUGGAGACAGCUGUCCGGUUACGCCCACCACUACUGAGGGUCACGUGACUACGUCCGCUGUGGCUGUAGCACCAGCACCGAAUGAGACAGCAGUUCACGUCGUGUCCAUGGAGACCAAACAGCAGAAAGCUGUUGGAUGUGGUCUCGAGAGCGGCGGUGAAAGUUCGCGGCGCGAUAGUGAUUUGUCGAGCGGGAAGAAGAGCAGGUUCGGAGGUUUCUUCCACAGGUUUUCGUUGAGGAGACUCAGCGGUCGCGUCGUGGGAAACAAUGGCUCCUCCAAGAAACAGAAAGAGAAGAGAAUGGACGCUAAAAGCAGGGGCUGGGAUGAGAAGCAUCCUGGCGCCGUGACCUCCGUGGAAUACGAGGACGUGACCAUUAUCCCACUGCACCCGCCGCCUGACGACGAGGCCGAAAGGAAACCGGCGCCAGACGUCGUCGUGUCAAGCAAACCGCCGCUACCUCCGUUACCGCCACGUAGUAAUGUCGGGAACGCCAAUAAGCCGAUUCCAUCACCGCGCCGGCGUCCCGACGCGACUACGGUGCCAGCUAUGAGCGGGUUGCAGCUUCAGGGGAAGCAGGAUAGCACAAGUAUGUCCCGUAUCGAUCCGCCGCUCGGAUUGCUGGAGACUGAUCUGGACACCGACAUCAGCACAGUGCGGCCUCACCAGAACGCUGCCGCCCCCUCCAGUAAGAAGGCACGCAGCCUGCUGAACCUGGGGGCGGCCGCCAUGCUCCUCAAACCACCCCCGGGGGGCAACAACACCAACCGCCCCCUAAUACCUGCGGACUCGAGAGCCAGGUCCAUGGAGUUUCUGCUUGACAAGGAGAACCAAGCGGCUGUACAGCCUCCAGAGAAUGAGCUGCAAAAGGGCGGUGUUGGGGAGCGGGUCAUGUCGGAGCACCAAUUGCGGGUACAGCGCUCUCUCCAGAAGCUCAACGUUCCUGACUGGUACAAGAACUCGACUGUUGCCCGUGGUCCUGAGGGCUUUCUGCUCAAGCGGAGCAGCGAUGGCGGGCAAGGCUGGCCUGGCCUCUGCUCCAAGACCACGUCUCUCUCCAGCCUCGGCUCUACGCAGUCUGCAGCAGCCAGAAGUCCUACAGGUCACCUGCUGAGCCCUAGCCCAACACCGCAUAUGUUCACGCGGUGGAGCACAAGUCGCCUUAACAGCGGUGGCACUUCUACCAGCACAUCCCCGUGCGGGUCCACACGCUCCUCGUUCAACUACCGGCAGCCAUACCUGGGAUGGAGAUCUCAAGAACGGCUCACGAGACCUCGCACCCCAGCAGAGCGGCUUGCUGCAGGAUUGUUGCCCACGCAUCAGCAGCAGCAACAACAACUCACCAGCCCACAGGGUAUCAUCACCCCACAGCAGACCCAGCAGGAUCUUCAUCAGCUGUUGCAACAGGAAGCAGAACUCAGGCAGUUGCAGCAGGAGGAUGAGGAACAGAUGCAGCAAGUACCAAAUCUGUCUGAAGUCCGGACAUCAAUUAAGGAGGUGACGUCUGCCAUUGUCCACUAUGUUUCUGGAGUGCGGGAUGGUUCUGGUGAAGCACUUGCAGGUGACUCCCAUUGGGAUUCACUGUCACUUCCUCGUGGCACAGACUUGGAUGUUGCCGUGACACCCAGAGGUUCCCCUCGUGGGAGUAGUGGUCGCCUGUGUUGGUUGGAAAGUUCCUUUGUAGGUACCAGGCCUCUGGACUCGCCAGAAACACCACUCACACUAACCAGUGAUGAUGUAAACAAAACACUUGAAACACUGCAGCAGCAACAAGAUGGCGGAAUGAAUGUCUUGAGAAAGUUGAGUGGAACAGCAGGGCCAGCUGAUCUGUACCUGGACCUCAAUAGCAGUCAGAGGCUGCAGAACGCUAACACACACAUUCAUCAUCAAGUGAAUGGGCCAGAGGAGCCUCACAUGCAGCAUUCCGAGCUGAGGAACAGACCCAGUCCUGGCUCCACGACUCUAGAGGAUGUGCUGGAUUCGCUUCUAGGACUUCCCCCCACAUCUCGCUCCCCCAGCCCAGGCGCAGGUUCUGCCAGCCCAGGUCACUGCCGCCCCUCGCAACCGCCUCCACCGCCCCCGCCGCCGCAGUCCCAUCAGCACCACAAUCAGCGUCGCAGCUGUGGGGACCUGCGCUCAGACCUGGCAGGGUCAGCUAGUGAUGAUCAGCCUGCCGUUCCAGACCCGCCUCCGUACUAUGUGUCUGACACUCUUCGCCGGAGGAGUGAAGGCAGCACACCUCGGCCAAGUGGCAGCAGCAGGCGAGUCUCCUUUGACAUGACCACUUACUGCAGUGGGGGCCAGCAACAACAGCAGCAGCAGCAGCAGCCAAAGCCUGAUGACUCUUCUGUGGUGCGAUGCCGGUACUCCAAGUGUGGACGGACUGCCAGUGUUGCUGAGGCACGGAGGACAUUCAAGACGUGUCACAAUUGCUCACACGUGUACUGUUCCAGGGAGUGUCGUCGGGCACAUUGGGAGCGUCACCGCAAGACGUGUCUGCACUCCCGUGUUGGUGCGUUAUGCCGACAGGUGCUGGCAACUGCUCGCGAGGAUCCUGCCACUUUGCGCCACCUCUCCUUACUCGCCAGACGGGGUUACCUUGCCCAGGGUCGUGGAGCUGUCAAGAGCUUCUUUUCCAGCCCCGAGCUUGCUGAACGUUUUGUUGCUAAUGGGUUUGCUGAUCUGGGGGAACCUGCCUUUGUGUGCUGGGCCGACUUGCUGCCUGGUGAGAUGGGUGCUGAUCUGUAUUCAGAGCUGCUGCGGCUGUGUAAAUCGUACAAACCAGACACCCGCUUUGUGCUUUAUGUGGCAGUGUGUGUAGUAAGUGAAGUGCCGACCUCAGGUGCUGUAAAGUGGGAACGACAACUUGUGUCAAGGUGUGCCAAGCUGCGUCUAUGCCGUUCCUUGAUGCCCAUAGCACCUCCUCAAGCCACUAGUGGCCCUCAGAGGAGGGUCUCACCAUGCAACAUCACCAGGGACUCUGAAAAUCCUGAGACGUUGAUCCUCACUUCCCUGCCUGGUUGUCAAGGCCAGAUGGCACCACAGCGGGCCCGUGAGAUUAGCUUCACUAAUAUCCAGAGGCAUCUGCGUCAAAGGGGCGUUAGUUUGCGGCGGCACUUCCCUGACGUGUACAAGCGGUUAUGUGCCUAUGUAGAAGGGUCAACUGAACGUUUCGCGCCAGUCACAGUGUAUCCGCGAGAUGCCAUAACAGGAAAGAGCUUCAUGUGCAUCAUCAUGCCAGAUGCGGAACCAGAGAAACUGGAGCUGGUGCCUCGGGACAGCAGUCGCGUGCAGACCAUUGACAUCAGCCUAGAACAUGAGGUCACAUAGUGUUAAGACUCUGUCCCCACUACUCUGCUCUCUUCCAAUUCCACAUCUAUUGAAAUUCAUGUCAUGUCAGCAAGAUUCUAUUGGCUUAGCUGUGGUGAAAUAGGGGGCUGUAAUGAAUUUGCUGCUGGUGCUAUAUGGCUUUAGAAACUGUGGUUUCUUUUACACUGAUGUGCUAAAAGGUGCUCUUUUUAUAAAUAUUUUUGCCCCUUGAGCAUUCUUUCACAUCAUAAUAUGAUAUUGUAGACAGUUAACUGUGUAACCAUACUUUGAAUCCUUGACAAGGAAAUACAAUUUACACAGCAACAGUGAAAAAGAAGGUUUACUUUGAGAUAGUCAUUUUCUGAGAGGUAUGUCAGGCAUGAAAAAUGCAUUUUAGUACAUCUUAACUGAAAUUUGUGUGUUUUAUACCUUAGUCAGUAAUAUGGUGGUCACAUCCUCAGACUAAAAUAUAUAAUAUUUUUGUGUUGUUUGAGUUGCAGGCCAGAAGCUAUUCUCAACACUUAGACAUAACAAUGCAGGAAAUACCUGAACAACUCAGCCUAAUUUUCUCAUUUAUCUCGUAUAAGGGAAGUUUAUAUUCAAUGUUCCGUAUUCGGAAGCCGAACCUUUUAAGAUGGGCAAAUGUGGAUGAAACUGAAUGAAAUAAGAUUUUUAUAUUGAAUUAUAAGUCACUGAUAUUUGCUUAAAAUAUUUUUCUCCUUUUAACAUCAGUCCAGUAAAUUUAUAACAUGAAAGGUUGGUUGACUGGUUUCCAAUGGCUGCAUUUGGGACCAUUCAACCCAUUUUGCUUCUUGCUUCCCAAUAGAGAGCACUCAAGUUCUUGCUUUGUUGCACCUCCUUGUUAAGAUAAGGACAUUUGAAGAAGGCAUUCUUUUCCCAUAGAUCAGUCAUGCCCAACAUGUCGAUCGCGGGACGAUUUUUAUCGAUCUCAUAGGCCCAUAAGGAAAUUAUACGUGAAA